CCUGGCAACGGCCGGCUGAGGCAAGAUGGCGGACGAGCUGGAUCGGCUACUGGACGAGGUGGAGCGGAGGUUCUGCCGCAUGCCGGAGCGGGGGGCUGCGGACGGAGGUCGGAACGGCGACAGGGAGCGGGCGGCGGCGGCGGCGGAGGGCAGAUCAGCUAGAACAUUAAUGGGUGCUGGCAGUGAUGAAGAUGAUAUAGAUGACAUUAUUGAUGAAAUCUGUAAUGACAGCAGCUUUGCCAGAACACCUCUGAAAUUGAAGUCUAACUACCCAAGUGUCACACCUGGAAGCAAUAGUGCUGUUGUACAGGCUCAUAGGAAAAGAUGCUGUCCAGUGUACCUGGGUGGAAGCUCUUCACCAAAUGGCGUAGGAACAAAUAUUUCAAAAAGGACGUGUGACCAGCUGCGUUGCACUGCUUGUGACUUCCGUGUAUCGCUUUUCAAUGACUACAUCUGGGAUCAGUCCUGUGAUUACCUUUUUUUCAGGAAUAACAUGCCUGACCUCAAUAAACUGAGAGCAAAGAUGAUAAAGAAGAAAGGAUCGCGAGCGUAUGCUUGUCAGUGCAGCUGGAGAUCCAUCAGUGAAUUAACUGACCUCCAGGCAGACCAGCAGCUUCGGUGGGUUUGUGGUAAACAUGCAGAAUGAAGUCCUCCUGUGUGUGGUACCUGCAGUUUUCUGGCAACAGAGAGAAACCUGAAUAUUUCUAUUUAGAAAUAGAUCAUAACACUCAGAGUUUUAUCCAAAAACUCUUCUUUUCACUUUGUAUUGCAAGCAGUAUGGGGAGUUGAAUUAUUAGGAGAAACAAUUUGUAGGUUUUGUGGAGACUAAAUAAUGCUAAGGCUCAUAUUCAGCAGUGUAAGAGAAAGGAAGAGGAAAAGGACAGAUUUAGACACAGAUAAAGCACCUUAAGCAUGUUCCUUCUAUCUAGCACAGAGCCUUUUUUCCCUUGGCUGCAAAAUGUUGGACUCAGAGAAAACAGUGGGCUGAGAUGCAGCCAUGACACACAAGUGUAUAAAUUUCUACACAGAAAUUAAUACUGUUUUGCUUUGCUCAUAGCUGCUAAUGAGCAAGUGGUUGUAGAUCUCUUAAAAGUAUACUGCAAGAUCAACUCUCACCUCUAAGGUUUCAGUGCACCCCCAACACUUUAUUUGAGCUGACAGUAGCCAAAAUCUGCAGGUGUUGGAAAUUUCUUUCCAAUUCAAUUUCCAAUACUGCUUUCUUCAAAGCACUUUCUGCUGACUCAGGACUUUUACCACAGGGAAUUUCUUCGACUUCCCUUCAGCCUUCGUUGCAAGAGAUGAACAGGUUAUUGUACAACUAUUAAACAUGCAAUUUAAAAGAUGUUUUGAAGACUGCAUGACUUCUGUGGAUACUUUCAAGGGAAAAAAAGGAUCAGUCUGUAAGGAGUGAGAAAGCAGUAUAUCCCCACUGACUUUCACAUUUGGAUUUUUUUCAGCUUCUGUAGCUUUCACUUCAGCCUCACGUCCAAAUGUUAUUCAGAAAGUGUAACUGCCCUGUUACAACACACUCCCUUCCCCCAGCAACAUCAUAACACUACUUCCAGUAUUAUGUUACUUGGGGAAUUGUCUUGAUUGUAGCUAGUGUCACUGUAGUUUAUGAACUCCUGCUUUUCACUAUGUAUAAAUAACACAGGGAUGGAUUUGGGUUUCAGGGGAGAAGAAGGAAGGUCAGGAUUAUCUUGGCAGUCAUGUUAUUGAAAGGUCCCAUAAUGGGAAGUCUGUUAGUAUUUCUGCUAUGCAGUGUGUAAUAUUCAAAUACCUGAAAGGUGCUUACAGAGAGAGCAGAGCUGGUCUCUUCUCACUCGUGACAGGUGACAGGAUGAGGGGAAAUGGCCUCAGGUUGUGCCAGGGGAGGUUUAGGUUGGAUAUCAGGAAACACUUCUUUACAGAAGGGUUGUUAAGCCCUGCAAUAGGCUCCCCAGGGAGGUGGUUGAGUCACCAUCCCUGGAUGUGUUUCAGAUCCAUUUGGUUGUGGUGCUCAGGAUCAUGAUUUAGCAGAAGGUUGUUAAUUAGGGUAGUAUGGUCAGGUCGUGGUUGUACCAUGAUCUUUAAGGUCUUUUCCAACCUGAGCUGUUCUAUGAUUCUGUAUUCUACAUAUAAAUUCAAAAUUACUUUCUUUCUGCAAAUUCUAAGCCUACUGAUCUAUUUCUGUUUUUGUGUCAUUUUGCUCAUUGCUGUAAUUUGUACAUGAUCGAUCUGUUGUUCUUCUGAGCUUUUUUAGAACAAUUACAUGAUCUUUCUUAGAAAAGUCACCUCUUGACUUUGUAGCUUUUUCUGUACCCUUCUGAAAGAGCAGAUUUUGCUUGUGACCAGAGACAUAAUGCAUUCUGCUUCCUGCUCACCUUCUGCUUCUAUGAGCGUUUUUUAAAGCUUUUAGAGGACUUGUAGUGUGCCUGAGAGACCUAGCAGUGCUUACAUGCACAGUGCUUUGGUGCUGUAGAGUGCAUGUGCAUGUUGCAGUGGCACACGCAGCCUUGCUAGUAGGCUCAGAGGUGAAUUGGCUUUGGAGAGAUACUUCAGUCUCCCUUGGCAUAGGGAUGUAUGCAAACUUUGAGGCCAGGUAUUAUUUUCAACACAAUUGCUGUUUCAGACAGCAGUUCCAACAGUGACAAGUCUAAAACAACAGGUUCAGGAGACACAUAAACAGGAGACCAGCUGAUUAAUACUGGAAGAGGUCAGCUGACCUUUCUCUCUUCAGUGAAGAGAUAGUCCUUAUGUGGACUGUAAGAGGUGAGUGUUCGUCUGUUUUGUUCACAUGGGUCGAAGCUGCUUCCAUUCCUGGAGAACACUAGUUAGAACCAGGUAAUGGUGAGAGAACAGCUCCGUUAUAAUGCCUAAUUUAUUAACAAGCAAAGAGAAGAAGGAAUUUUGUUCUUCUUGAAGGCACUUCAAAGAGUGCUGAGUUGUCUUGGCUUGCCUGUUUCAAGGCCAUUUGAGACUGAUGACCAGGUAGCCCCAUGGGAUGCUGCUUUGAUCAGGGCUUCCAGGUGCCAUAAUGUAGAAAACACUGUGAGCAGGAAACAGGCCAAGUCCUAACACCUGUCUCAGUUGGUGAGACCAAGUCUCAUGUGACUUAAGAAAAGAAGCGUGUCUCCUGCACCCUGUUUUAAACAAGUUGUCACCCUCUCUAGAACUACCAAGUGUGGAGCCUUGCUGGAACAAAGUUCAAGGCAUCUGUCUUAGUGAUUGUUAUGACAAGAAGACGACCUGCAGCACCUGAAAAGGUGAGGCUAGGGAGGAAUUGAGACAUUGUAGACUAAAAGUGCAGAAGAAGUAAAAAUUGCUGUGAAUAUUGAUUGAUACCAUUACAUCAGCAGUUUUCUUAUGUCACCUCAGCCCUCAGUCUUCUAUUAACCCAGACAGUUGUAGAAACAGUGUGCUCUCAUACAUGAUUGUUAUCAAAUGAUCUUGCCACUAACUCCAUUAAGACCACACUCCAAGCCCUGAAAAUGUUAAAAGAUAAUCUUUAUUGGUAAGUGUGUACUGAAACCUGAGCAUUCCUCUGAAAUCACAUUUAUUCAAGUAUAUUUACUUGGUCCUGACCUUGGUCAGAUAGAUGGGGUAUAGAUGGCAGCACAUUGCCCAAGUGAAAUUACAGACACAUGCAGAAAUAAUGCUUAUUGUAGUGUUCUCCAUUACAGAAUUCAAUGUAUUUCUAGAUCUGAGAAUAGUGUGUCAUUAAAUGUAAUUAUUUUGCUGGAAAGAGGACUGGUAUUAAGCAUUUCAGUUCCCUACCUUCAGUGUUAGGUGUUACAAACCUCUUCAAAUGAAAAGAAUGUAAAAGGAUGUAACGUUGGAGCUUCUGUGCUUAAAAGUAUUCUAAGAUUGCACAAAGGUUCUCAAGAUGUAGCCCAGAGUUUACAUGAUACUUCUGUGUCACUUCUCUGAGACAGCUGGGAUUACAGGAAGAAUUUUGUUUCAGAAUGCCAUUCAGCUGUGCUCAGACUGAAGUACUGGAGAACAGCUUUGCUGAGUAUAAAUGUGAUCAUUAUUUUCCUUUAAUUUUUGCUUUGGAAGAAAUAAUACCAUUUCUGUUUGGGAAGUAGGCAAGGUGAUAACAAGACUUUCAUUUGGCUUGGGUGAUGUACUUGGAAAUUUUCUAGCCUGCAGCAUUAGUCCAUAUCAGAUUCCUCAACAAAACAAGCAAUAGGUAUAAAAAAAUGAGAAUCCAUGCGAAAGUGCAGUUGGAAAUGUAGUUGGUGGUUUAAUGUCAUAGCAACUUCUUAAAAUCUAUGUUCAUGCAGUACUUAUAAAGAGAAAUAAAGUUCUGAUGUACAUAAUAUAUUUUAUUACAGCUUUACUUUAUGACUUUUUUAUUAAAGAUAUUGGCCUGCCAUAGAAUUUAACAUACUAAAGCAUAGUAGUGUUACAUACAGCAGGGUCUGCGUUGUGUAAAAUUGAAUAAAGAUUUCUUUUUUUCUGA